GCUUCAUUAUUUCAUUCCUGACAAAAUGAGCUUGAGAUAUCUUGUUUUUCUUCUCCUGGUUUGGAAUCCACAAGUGCUGCAUGCACAAAGUGCAGCUCAGCCUUGUCCUGCUCCCAGUCUGAAUGGCGGAUUUUUUUCCCCUGGACAAUCAGCUUAUAAUCAUGAAGCCACGCUCAGUUAUGCCUGUCAUGACGGACUUAAACCAGCAGGGAAGGGCUGGUGGGGGACCAGCAGGUGUCAAAAUGGCAAUUGGUCUCCUAAACCCCAAUGUAUAGAUGAAAAAGCCUGUGUGCCACUGACUAUCCCAAAUGGAAACUAUGAUGCAAGCACAGAUGGUUGGUAUGGGGAGAGAGACAGAAUCUGGGUAAGAUGUGACGAAGGAUAUGAACACAAAGGCCGUGACGCCACAGCGCAGUGUAUAAACGGAGCAUGGUCCUCUGUCCCAAUCUGUGAAAAGAGUACCGAAUCAUGUGGUGAUCCCCCUAAAAUCCCCCAUGCAGUUAUCAUUGGUAAGGGAUACCAGGAGGUGUUUGCUGUAAACUCACAACUGCAGUAUAAUUGUGAAGAUGGAUAUUCUGCAGAGGGACCAGACACCAAAACAAUCAUUUGCAUCUCAGGAAACUGGACUGAAGGCCCAACGUGCACACAAAGUGCAGCUCAGCCUUGUCCUGCUCCCAGUCUGAAUGGCGGGUUUUUUUCCCCUGGACAAUCAGCUUAUAAUCAUGAAGCCACGCUCAGUUAUGCCUGUCAUGACGGACUUAAACCAGCAGGGAAGGGCUGGUGGGGGACCAGCAGGUGUCAAAAUGGCAAUUGGUCUCCUAAACCCCAAUGUAUAGAGAUUACUCAAUCAUGUGCUGAGCCCCCUAAAAUCCCCCAUGCAGUCAUCAUUAAUCGGGAAUACCAGGAGGUGUUUGUAAAUGAUUCAACGGUUCAGUAUCAAUGUGAAGAUGGAUAUACUGCAGAGGGAUCAGACACCAAAACAAUCACUUGCAUCUCAGGCAACUGGACUGAAGGCCCAACGUGCAAUGCCAACUGUGGAGACUACCCAAGUGUUCCAAACGGAGAUGUUGUGCAAGUGAACGGAAUAUCUUUGAAAUACCGAUGUAAUGAAUUGUACACACUCGAGGGUCCAGACAUUGUGACGUGUCAAAGCAAUGGCACGUGGACAGAACCACCAUCCUGCAAAGCGGCUUUCUGUGUCAUAGAUCCUGCUCAAACGACUAUGUACGAUAUUAAACUAUCUGCAGUUGAAUACAUAAAGGAAGGACUGCAGAAGUUUAUUCCGUGUAUUUGGAUUGAUAGGACCCGCCGUGUUCAAUGCAUUCAUGGAAGAAUGUAUUCUUCCGCCUGUUGUACGAGCUAUGAUCAUCGUUAUAUUGGAUGCCAAUCAGAGGGCCGGAUUCAAAACUGAAGCACAGUUUGAAGCAUUUGAAAUAUCUCCACCAGAGAAGAGAAACACCUCAAAAAGAAAAAUAUUUUCUUUUAAAUCA